AAAGGGGAGCGGCCGCUUCGGAGCCACCGGGGUGCCCUCCAUCCUGUCGGCUCACCGCACUUACCGGCUCCCAGGCUUCUGGGCGCGUGUCCCCUGCGGACAGUCCGGCCGCGCCGAUCUACGCAGAGGCGCUGCCCGCGGCGGGAACUGACCGGCGGCAUCCAAGGCCCGCGCCCUGCCACUACCCCCAUCCGCUGCCCGCCGGUCUCUCCGGUCGCCGCCAUGUCCUCCUCCUCCUCCUCCCCCAGGGAGACGUACGAGGAGGAUCAGGAGUACGAGAGCCAGGCCAAGCGCCUUAAGACUGAGGAGGGGGAGAUCGACUACUCGGCAGAGGAAGGCGAGAACCGCCGGGAAUCAACGCCCAGGAGCGGGGCCGAUGGCGGCAGCGGCCGGAGCUUCUCACAACCGGAGGCAGGUGGAAGCCAUCAUAAAGUUUCUGUUUCACCUGUUGUCCAUGUUCGAGGACUCUGUGAAUCUGUGGUGGAAGCAGACCUUGUGGAGGCUCUUGAAAAAUUUGGGACUAUAUGCUAUGUGAUGAUGAUGCCAUUUAAACGGCAGGCUUUAGUGGAAUUUGAAAACAUAGAUAGUGCCAAAGAAUGUGUGACGUUUGCUGCGGAUGAACCUGUGUACAUUGCUGGUCAACAGGCUUUUUUCAACUAUUCUACAAGCAAAAGGAUUACUCGACCAGGAAAUACUGAUGAUCCAUCAGGAGGCAACAAAGUUCUUUUGCUAUCAAUUCAGAAUCCUCUCUAUCCGAUUACAGUGGAUGUUUUAUAUACUGUGUGCAACCCUGUUGGAAAAGUGCAACGUAUCGUUAUAUUCAAGAGGAAUGGAAUACAAGCAAUGGUUGAUCGUCUAAAUGUUAUUAGGAAUGACAAUGACAGUUGGGACUACACUAAACCAUAUUUGGGAAGACGAGAUAGAGGAAAGGGUCGCCAGAGACAAGCCAUUUUGGGAGAACACCCUUCUUCGUUUAGACAUGAUGGCUAUGGAUCCCAUGGUCCAUUAUUGCCUUUACCAAGUCGUUACAGAAUGGGCUCUCGAGAUACACCUGAGCUUGUUGCAUACCCAUUACCACAGGCUUCUUCUUCUUACAUGCAUGGAGGAAAUCCCUCUGGUUCAGUAGUAAUGGUUAGUGGAUUACAUCAACUAAAAAUGAAUUGUUCAAGAGUCUUCAACCUAUUCUGCUUAUAUGGAAAUAUUGAAAAGGUAAAAUUUAUGAAGACUAUUCCAGGUACAGCCCUAGUGGAAAUGGGUGAUGAGUAUGCAGUAGAAAGAGCUGUCACACACCUUAAUAACGUCAAAUUAUUUGGGAAAAGACUUAAUGUUUGUGUAUCUAAACAACAUUCAGUUGUUCCGAGUCAAAUAUUUGAGCUGGAGGAUGGUACAAGUAGCUAUAAGGAUUUUGCAAUGAGCAAAAAUAAUCGCUUUACAAGUGCUGGCCAAGCAUCUAAGAAUAUAAUCCAGCCGCCUUCUUGUGUGCUACAUUAUUAUAAUGUUCCAUUGUGUGUCACAGAAGAGACCUUCACAAAGUUAUGUAAUGACCAUGAAGUUCUUACAUUCAUCAAAUAUAAAGUGUUUGAUGCAAAACCUUCUGCCAAAACACUUUCUGGGCUAUUAGAAUGGGAAUGCAAAACUGAUGCAGUAGAAGCUCUUACAGCACUUAAUCACUACCAGAUAAGAGUUCCAAAUGGUUCCAAUCCCUAUACAUUGAAGCUUUGCUUUUCUACAUCAUCGCAUUUAUAAGAAGAGAUGAGCAUGUUAGAGUUUAUGUUCACCUUUAUUACAAUUUUAAAGCUACACUUCAUUUUAAAAAAUCUAAAGUGGUUGGUCUAAUGUUGCCUUGCUUAUUUUGACUUAAGGUCCUGUUCUGUAAUAAACAGAUAUUUUGCCUCAAGUAAA